ACGGUGUGUGCUUCGUUGUGGUUUACUAAUAUUAUGCCUUUUUUAUAGAUUAAUUCAAGCAGUCUGUCUGGUGGUGGUGGGAUAAUGGGAUUUACAAUUUACUGUAGCCUACUUCCUUUUAAAAUAGAUACAUUGGCAGGUGAACAGGUUUUCCUUGUCUGAAGGGGGGUCCUAUAUCAAGGAAGCUGACAAAAAGCUGAUCUGAUUUGUUGAACUAACACUGGGGUGUACUUUUGUUUUAUUCAACAAAACUAAUACGAGGUUAAAUACAGUUCUUCAAUAGAUAUGAACCAGUUAUUUGCAGACUGUCGAAAUACAGUGUAUGUUGUUUAUUUGUUCUUGUUUUUUUUUAGUUUUUUUUUUUUUACCAGAAAACGAAACUACAUGCUGAAACCCUUAAGCAGAAUGCACAAAAAUGAAAGUGAAAGCUGUAGGGUGAAAGUAUUCUGUAGUAUCGUCAACAACAACACUUCUGCCCGACUAGUCUUCCAGUUGUUCUCGAAAGUGUUCCCAAAAUAAAAAUAGACUCUAUUAGCUAUUUGCUUAGCUUGUCAAUUCAGCCUCGGUUUGUCAAGGAAAAAUUGGAAGAUGGACAUCGAUGAAGGAUUUUAUUCCCGUCAGCUGUACGUUCUUGGCCAUGAUGCGAUGCGUCGCAUGGGCGAAGCAAACGUUCUUAUUGCGGGCAUGCGUGGGCUUGGUGUAGAAAUUGCCAAGAAUGUCAUCCUUGCCGGUGUGCGGUCAGUCACAGUUCAAGAUGAGAGAGUGGUCGAGUGGUUUGAUUUGUCAUCUCAAUUUUAUUUGAAGGAAACCCACCUGGGUCAAAACCGGGCCCUGAGCUGUCUCAGCAGCUUGUCUCGCCUCAAUGGGCAUGUGUCAGUGGACGGCCACAACGGUCCUCUUGAUGAAAGUCUUCUCAGUAAAUUCCAGGUUGUGGUGCUCACAAACUCUUCACUAGAUGAACAGAUACGUAUUGGAGCAUUUUGCCACUCCAAGAAUAUCAAGUUAAUCAUAGCUGACACUAAAGGACUCUGUGGACAGUUGUUCUGUGAUUUUGGAGAAGAGUUCAGGGUCAUAGAUUGUGAUGGGGAGAGCCCUGUCACAGUUAUGAUUGACUCCAUCACAAAGGGGAACCCUGGCAAAGUCAGAUGCACAGACGAGCACAACCUUCGAGAUGUCACACAUGUCACCUUCUCUGGGGUGCAGGGUAUGGAGGAACUGAACACCUGUGGGCCUGUUGGUGUUCAGGUGCUGGAUGAUUACUCCUUCAGCAUCUGCGACACCUCAGCUUUCUCAGAGUAUGAGAAAGGUGGAGUAGCAUCAGAAGUGAAGAAGUCAGAGACCCUAACAUUCAAACCCCUGGUUGAGGCUCUGGAUGAAGCCCUGACGGACCCUGAGAUUAUGGUACCGACUGACUACGGAAAGCUGGAGAGCCACCAGACUCUGCACGUUGCCUUCCAGGCUCUUCAUGAUUUUGUGGGAAGCACAGGGCAUUUACCGAAGCCCAGGUCAAAGGUGGAUGCUGAUAUGCUGGUGACCAUGACAAGGAAACGGAGCGAGGCCUCCCGACUGGAGGAGUUAGAUGAGGGCGUGGUGAGGAAGCUGUCUAUGUGUGCCCGCGGUGACCUUGCCCCCGUCAAUGCUUUCAUUGGAGGACUAGCUGCCCAAGAGGUCAUGAAGGCCUGCAGUGGGAAAUUCACUCCCUUGCAUCAGUGGCUGUAUUUCGAUGCACUGGAGUGUCUCCCUGAGGGAGAGGAGGAUGAGGAAGAGGCCCUAACGGAAGACGCAUGUGCCCCGAAAGGUUGUCGUUAUGAUGGACAGAUUGCUGUGUUUGGGUCAGCCUUUCAGGAGAAGCUGGCCAGACAGAGGUAUUUUUUGGUUGGCGCUGGUGCCAUUGGCUGUGAGCUGUUAAAGAACUUCUCCUUGAUUGGCUUGGGAGCUGGAGAGGGUGGGCACAUCACUGUGACUGACAUGGACUCCAUUGAGCGAUCAAACCUGAAUCGACAAUUUUUGUUUAGCUCACAGGACAUUGGGAGGCAAAAGGCUGAGGUGGCGGCGCGGGCGGCACGGGAGAUGAACCCGACGCUGAACAUCACGGCUCACCAGAACCGGCUGGGCCCAGAGAGCGAGGGGGUGUACGGGUUGAGCUUCUUCCGGCGGCUGGAUGGAGUAGCCGCAGCGCUGGAUAAUGUUGAUGCAAGAGUCUACCUGGACCAGCUCUGUGUGCUGCACCAGAAGCCCAUGCUAGAAGGAGGCACCCUGGGCACCAAAGGCUCAACAGUGGUGGUGGUUCCCCACCUCACUCAGUCCUAUGGCCCUGCGACAGCCACGGGCACUGCCAUCCCUCUCUGCACCCUUAAGAACUUCCCACACCGCAUAGAGCAUACCCUACAGUGGGCCAGAGACCAGUUUGAAGGCAUUUUCAAGCACUCCGCAGAGAGCCUGAACCAGUACCUGAGUGAUGACAGCUUCCUGUCACGCUUGGAGAAGGGUAACGAGGUAGAAGCCCUGGAGGUACUUGAGGCCGUCAGUGCCAGCGUGGGUGACCUCCGACCCCGGAGCUGGGAGGACUGUGUCCGCUGGGCCCGACUGCGCUGGGAGACUCUCUACAACCAUGACAUCAGGCAGCUGCUCCACUGUUUCCCUCCCGACGCGGUGACCAGCUCGGGGGUGCCAUUCUGGAUGGGUGCUAAGAGAUGUCCUCAUCCCCUGACCUUUGACCCUGAGUGUACCACCCAUAUGGAUUUCAUGGUGGCUGCUGCCAACCUCUACGGCCAGACCUACGGCAUCAAAGGCGCCUGCGACCGUGCCAGCGUCAGAGCCCUGUUGGCAGGGCUUCGUGUGCCGGUGUUUGCCCCCAAGUCCUCGGUGAAGAUCCACGUGAGCGAUGAAGAGAUGGAGGAAGACAAGGGGAAGGACGUGGACACAGCACGACUGGAGGCGCUGAAGGCCGAGCUGGCCUCCACCACCAGGCCCGACUGCCAGGCUAUGAGGAUGCACCCACUGGAGUUUGAGAAGGACGACGACGGCAACUUCCACAUGGACUACAUCGUCGCAGCCUCCAACCUGCGGGCUGAGAACUACGACAUCCCCACAGCUGACCGUCUGAAGAGCAAGCUCAUCGCAGGCCGUAUCAUCCCGGCCAUCGCCACGACGACGGCGGCCGUAGCCGGGCUGAUGUGUCUGGAGCUGUAUAAGCUGGUGCAGGGCCACCGGCAGCUACACUCCUUCCGCUCGUCCUUCAUCAACAUGGCCGUGCCCAUGUGUGUGAUGUCCAUGCCCAGCAAGCCCCACGCAUUUACGGUGGCGGGGAAGGAGUACUCCCUCUGGGACAGCUUCCUGGUCGAGGGCAGGCCGGACGGCCAGCAGGAAAUGACCUUGGGGGGGCUGCUGGACCACAUCAAGCGGACGCAUGACCUGGAGGUGACGGGUCUUUUCUACGGGCCGGCCGUGUUGUACAUCGCUGGAUCCAGUUAUGAGGACAGAUUACAGCAGAGGGUGCCUGAAGUGGUCUGCAGCGUCACAAAGGAAGAGAUUCCUCCACAUGUGGAGAUGCUGGAGAUGGUGCCUUCUUUUGCAGAAGAUGAAGACUGUUUAAUAGUUCCUUCCAUCAAAUACGUUCUUAUACCAACCCUACAAAAUUAGGAUCUCCAGCCCAACUCUUCAUUUAAUCCACAUUGCCUAUUUGAUUAAGUGGUUUUGAAGUAAAUAUCAACUGAUCAGAAUCACCCAAGUUGAGGAUGAGGAUGAGUAUAAUAGAGAACGGGUGAGAUUGAUCCUUUCCAUGCAAUUUUGAGAUGAUGUUAUAUUUGUUGCCAGAUCAGAUCACAUUUUGUUGAGUUUUCUGGAAUUCAUACCUCACUAGAAUUCAUUUAAAAAAAAAAUGUAUGCCACUGUUGGCACCCUGCUGCUGUGAAGUGCUCACUGAAAUUCACAUAAUUACCAAGGAACAUCAAACUGAUAGCUUAGUGAUGUGCCCGUUUCCUUCUGGUUCCCCACUGAUGGAAUAAUGGAGGUGUGAACACGGGCACAUCACUACGCUAUUAGUUUGAUGUUCACUUGGUAUUAUGUGAAUUUCCGUUAUCCCAUAAGUCGGGGAACAAGAAGGAAGCGGGCUACACUCAAUGGUCCAAGCAUCAGCCAUUCUUUAGCCUUCCACACCUUUCUGGCCCCGCAGGGCCCAUCAUGUCUAAAAGGCCCUAGAGGCCUGUGUGCUCCCAACAGAUACAGUACUAAUCACAACUGUGUUUGACUUUCUGUAGUGACCUGUGAGCUUAAACAUGCAGCGAAAUUGGCAAUAACAAAAUCGCAAUGACAAUAAAUAAUAUGGCACAUCAUGUUUAAAUCAAUUUUGUCUGCUGUUAGAAAAAAAAAGUAAUUCGGAAAUGUUUUCCCCCGUGUGUAUCAAGGCUAGAUGAAAAUCCACUUUUGAAUAAAAGAAAGUAAUAUGUUAUAUGUGCAUAUACUUAUGUGGUCACAUUCUCUAGGUUUAACUUAACAUGAUUUAUAUUCUUGGUGUAGGCGGUUUUGUUUAGGGUGUGAUUUAUGAACUAAGCUGUCCGUUGAGACCAAAACAGAAUUCCCCCCACAUGAGGUGGUGACAUAGUUGUUGUCAUUGUCUGGUGUGAACAACUCCAAUUCAGUCUCUCUUAUUCCAGUCCCAACCCCUUUCAACAGUGUCUUUACACAAACACUGUAAAACCCCUUUCAAGCCCAUUCAGAUUCAGGACCUUCUUUGAAGUGCUCAAUGGAUUAAGCAUCUUACUGAACAAGCAGCGGAGACUGUUUUGAAGCUGUAAUUAGGGAGUUCUGCCUUUCUUCUAUUAGCUAUUAUGGGAAGAUCAAGAGUGGCUUUAAUAGCCAUUCAUUCUGUCCACUGACUUUUAAUUGUUUGAAUGUGUUGUCACUGUAUGAGGUUGAAGGUCUGUGAUUAAUGAUAUACAUGAAAUAUACAUAUACUUGAUACCUUCUAUCUUUGAAAACAUUCCAGCUUAAUUAAAAAAAUGUAAUAUGGUACUUUUACAUUUUAAACUGAUUUGAACUCAAUAAAUGGAAGUUUCUUCCAA